CUCCAACCUCCCGCAAUGCUUCCUGUGGCUUCUGGCACUGGGGGCAGCAGCCCAGAUCUGUUCCAGGUUGGCCUAGCGCCUCCAGGAAAUGCAAAAGAUAUCCUACUGCUCCAUGAAGAAGAUGCCAAGGAAUGGGCUCUAUACUUGAGAGAAAUAUUUAUACAUGUUGUAGAAAGAGAAGAAAUCCUCUUAUAUCCGUUGCACAGUUUUUCUUUUUCACAUUUGGAAUCGCUACACUUAAAUGCUUACAGAUGUAAACUUCUGAUAUUAUCUAAUAAUCUACUUAAAGACCUGACGCCAAAGAAGUGUCAGUUUCUGGAGAAGAUACUUCACUCUACGGGAAGUGUUGUGACUCUGCUUUGUGGAAUGGAGAGUUCAGAUCCUUUCUAUCGGUUACUAAAUAUCCCGAGAAAGAGCUGGGAGAUCUCAACAGAGCAGGAGCCCGAUGACUACCUCUCUGUCAUCAGACAGAUCUUAGACCAAGGUCCUGAAGACUACCUUGAGGUCAGCCUUCCGACAGACUCAAGAGCAAAAUACUCUGAGGACAAAUGUGGACAGAAGGGAACUGAUGACCUAGCAGCUUUGAGACCAUCUAUGCCUCGGGUACUAGUGCUUCCUGGGGAAAUUCCAUGUGAGAAUCCUGGUGAGAUAUCCAUUCUGUUGAAAGACGAACUAAUUGGUGAAAUUCUGGAAGUUGAAUUUGCAUCGACCAGCAAGCGCCUCAGAGCACGGCCCGCACGCUGGAGUAAGAGUGUCUGGCGUAUGAAAGCUGCAGAUUUUCCAGCUGGUUCGGUCACUGUCAAUAUCUAUUGUGAUGGAAUGAUCAAGGCCACGACAGAGAUCAAAUACUGUUCAGCAGCAAAAGCAACAGAAAGUCCAUUUAGAGUGUCAGACCCAGACAAGAGUUUGUGCCAGAAAAGCAUCGAAGAGCUUGAUAAUGCUCUUGCAUUUGUAUUCAAGCAUGAGAUUCCAUAUUAUGAAUUCAAACAUCUCCAAACUGAAACUUACCUUCAAAAAGAACAUACUUACACCACAGAGCUCCCAACCCUCCUCCACUGUGCAGCAAAGUUUGGCUUAAAGAAUUUGGCUCUUCAUCUUCUGCAGUGUUCAGGAGCAACCUGGGCAGCUAGGACGAAGUCUACGGAUGGUUCAGACCUGCUGCAUAUUGCUGAAAGGCAUGGUCAUGAAGAACUCAAGAAAAUCUUUGAAGACUUUCUCAGCCAAAACAUUAGCAGAAAUAACGAACAAGAAAAUGACUAUGAAGAAGAUGAAGUCUCUUUUUCCACAUAUUCACCCUCUACGCAGUCUCCAGCGUCUCAUUGUGAACCCAGGAAGACACACAGGUGGAACACAGACAGCUCUGAGGAGCCUGUGUCAGUGGACACAAAGGACGAAUCAGCAAGUGCUGAGGCAAGACACGGCCUGCCGGAGGUCAACAGGGAAAGCUCGGAGAACCAGUAUGAUGAUCUCUAUGUGUUCAUCCCCGGAUGUGACACCGAAGGCCACACUGAAGAGCCUCUCCUACACUGCAGGCCACCUCUGCCCCCACCACGUCCAGGGGCUGCUGCCUCCCAACUAGAAAGACCUCACUUUACCUCACAAGGGAAAGUGUUGGAAGACCAAAUGGAAAAAAGUCAAAACUGGAAUGAUCUCGGUGCAAGACAAGAGACAAGAGAGGAACCCAGCAGAGAAGAAAAGAAGGAAGAAGCCCAGAAGGAGGAGGAGGAGGAGGAAAACCCAUACACGUUUGCAGAGACCGAAGACAAUGAGUAUGACCAGAUCCUGGCCAGUAAGAGUAUAAAGAAAAGAACUGGAAAUUGGUCUUUCAUUGUAAACAGACCACCUGCCCCCACACCCCGGCCGACUCACAUCCCUCUCAAAGAAGAAACAACGCCUUACAUAGCUCAAGUGUUCCAACAGAAGGCAGCCAGAAGACAGUCUGAUGGUGGUGAUAAGUUCUACAGUCUCCCUAAGAAACCAGACAAAACUCGGAUGGAAGGCCCAACCUUCCCUACUACAAGGGGCUAUCUGACCACUGGACAGGAAGAACUUAUCCUCCUGCAGGAGAGAGUCAAGAAUGGGGAAAUGUCUGUGGAUGAAGCUCUAGAGAAAUUUAAACAUUGGCAGAUGGGAAAGAGUGGACUGGAAAUGAUUCAGCAGGAAAAGCUACGCCAACUGCGAGACAACAUUAUUGGGAAAAGGCCAGAAGAUGAAAACGCCUAUGAUAAACUGACCAUUGUGCACCAUCCGAGUGGUAAUACUGCCCACAAUGAAAAUAUGCUGUACAACAGCCCCUUCAACAGUAAGUUUCCUGCUCGAAUCCAAGUCGAAAAGGAAUUUGGUUUCUGCUGCAAAAAAGAUCAUUAAAAAAGACUAUUAUAAUCAAACUGAAGAAUCUGCAAACAUUUUGUAUCUAAGUGAUUCUGGAAUAUCUGGUCUCCAGGGCUAAUCCACGUGUACAAGGACACAAGCAUGCCUUUGGAUUUCAGGAUGUGUUAGCACCACAAUUUAUUGGUACUGUACCACUUCACAUGGAUAGCAAAAGAUGGAGAUUUAUAGCUUUUUCUGAAAAUCCAUUCAUUUUUUACAACUUUUGCCACUGACACCCCUAGUUUUCUCAUCUUGAAAAUUAAAGGAAAAAUUCAGCAACGUUAAAUGCAGUCAAGCAAAAUUAUGGAACCAAAUGGUAUAGAUUAUUCUUCCCAUUCUUCCUUCCCUUCAGCUAAGAACUUAUUAUACAUUUGCCUUUUAAAUGACAAUCUGCUGUCUACCUUUCUCACAUUUGGGGCCAUAAUGUUCUUGUGAUACCAUGUUUUUAGAUCUUUUAUUUAGUGCCUACUUGCAUGUACCUUUGAAAUGUACUUUGAUUCACAUUUUUCCUUAAUUGAUGAUGUUUUGUGUUUGAUGCUAAGAAAGCGCUCUGCCAGUGAACCAGUCUUCAGGCCUCUGCAUUGUUUUCUGAAAUCAUGCUAGUUUUAUUAGUUAAUGGUGUGCACGUGGGUAUUUCACAACAUGGAUGCAUCACACAUUGGCUGUGUUCAUCCUCUACUCUUCUAGAAGGCCUUUUCCCACAUGGUCCUGUCCCCAUGUCCUCACUAAAUGUCUUUCUCUAAAAUUAAAAUAUAUUUUUU